AUGCCGCCUCCACCAGAAGAAAACAAGCAGGCCUCGGCGCAAGUCGCUGUAGACCUUCUCUGGGAGAUCUCUCAGAUCCUCAACUGCCACCUCGACCGGCGAGAGAUAUCAAUAUGUACUUCCUUGAUUGAGCGGGGAGUCAAUCCGGAGGCGCUUGCUACCACCAUCAAGGAGCUGCGCAAGGGCGCCCAGGAGACCAAGAUUGAGCUCGAGUCGCGCAAGCAGCAGCAGCAACAACAAUGA